GUGAUGAAAGAAUUGAAAAGCACUAAAUCGAGUCUAGGCCUAUGCUGAAAACAAACAAAAAGGAACCCAUGUUUAGCACGAAAGAAAGGAACGAGAGAAAGUAGGCCAGGCCUGUAGAGGUGACAUGGAAAAGAAGGAUACUGGUAGUCAUACCAGGUUGACUUCUAGUAAAGAGGCAGUUUCAUCCAAGAGUACCAAACAGUUUAACCCGUCAUCUGGUAAUCCCCACAACCCACAGGCUAAGGGCAAGGCUGCAAAGCAAGGUGAUGUUUCCAGGGAAAGGUCAGGGGCACAGAGCAGACCUAUGGACAAGCAGAAAACAGCAGAUCCGUCACCCAACCAGAAGAGGAAUUACCCAAAGAAAGAGAGAGAUUCAGGGAGAAAGCACUAUAAUGCGAAUGCUCCAAACGGUACCCCAAACCUAGGUAAUCGCCAACCAGGAGUUGACACGUUACAAGUUACCGUCAAUGGUGAUAAACAGGGGCGCUCUGUUCAGAAGCCAUCGGCAAAGAAGAUGGAGCGGAACUACGCUAAAAAAAUGGAGAGGGGUAUGAUGGCAAGGAAUUCCAAUACAGACAGUGGGGAGGAGGCUAGAAAGAAGAAACAGGACCCUAAGAAUGUCCAGAUACUUCAGAGAGAGGGUAGACCAGUGCAGGGUCAGGAACAAGCAGGAGGUUCCUCACUGCCCCAGCCUGGGAAAGGGAGCGGCAAGAAGAGGACCAUUGAACGGAAGCCUCUGGGGAAGCUUGUCAAUGCCAAACUCAGAGAAGGCGAGGAGGGUGCCAAAGCAGCAAACGGUCCAACGACUCCAAAGAAAUCAGAUCAGCAGCCAGAGAAGGAGCGCGAGAGGCAGCCUGGAUGGAAGGUCCAGGAGCCUCCUAGCCCUGCGGUAAUCCAAGAGGUGCAGGAGCCUCCUAGUCCUGCAGUGGACCAAGAGGUGCAGGGUGGUAGCGACUUAGCAGAGCCCUGGAAAGAAACCAUGGAGAGACAGGAGGCAGAGCUUGAAAAGACCUACAUUUACAGGCUUGCCAAAAGGAGCUUGAAGUUUCCCCGUGCCCUGUACUACUGCAGACUGUGCAACUAUCACAUUGACACGCUGCCGCAGUGCUGGCUCCACAUCGAUCAGUCUAGGCACAACAGACUGGCAAAGGCCAAAGAGUCUGAGAACUUCUUCAAGAACCUUCCGAUGCCUUCACCACCCCAUGCCAGAGCUCUGACCAAGCUGUUAGAAGAUGUCACCGAGGAACACGCUUUGACUGGAAGAGAAAUGAAUGAGAGAAAUGAGGUCAGGCAAAGGGUAGAGAAUGCUCUCCAAAGCCAUCUGCCAGAAUGCAAAGUUAAGGUGUAUGGGUCUUCACUGAGUGGCUUCGGUUUCCAUGACAGCGACAUCAACUUGGAUGUUGAUUUUCCUAGUGAGAAGCAAGCCUCCAAGAUCCUCAUUGCAGUCAGCCAGGGUAUCGCAGCCAAGGUGGAUAAAGACUUCACUGAAUUUGAAGCAGAUUUUGAGGGAAAGCAUCCUUGUGUCAGAUUCAGGGACAUUGAAUCUGAUUACAAGUGUGAAUUAGGAACCGGCAACCAGCAUGCCGUGCAGAGCUCGCAGCUGAUGGUGGAGUACAACGAGUGUGACGGACGGCUGCGGCCCCUGGUCAUGGGGUUGCGCUACUGGGCCAGGAUGUGUGGCAUCGACCAGCAGGCCAUCGGGGCCAUGCCUGCCCACACCUUUGUUCUGUUGGUCAUCUACUUUCUGCAGCAGUGUGAACCACAGGUCCUUCCCAUCCUCCAACAGAAGAAUGACCCCUUCAAGACGACGAACAAGAAGAGUAUCGGUGACCUUUGGGUCAGCCUGCUGAGGUUCUACCUGGUGGAGAUCAACAUCGAGGAGAUCGUAAUCAGCAUCCGUCAGCGAGAGCCGGUCUUCAGGGCUGACCUCAAGCUUCCCAACAGAAGAAUAGCCAUAGAAGAUCCCUUUGCUAACGGUAAAAAGAAUGUAGCCAAGUCUAUCACUACCGCUUCCGUGUUCCAAUACAUCAUGGAUCGUUUCCAUGAUGCCCUCAAGUACUUUGGCAUUCCUCAGAACAGCAAGGCUCUGGGACAGACAUCCCCGGAUGGAUCAGGAAACAAUAGUCCAAAGGAAUCGGGUGAGGUAGGUCCAGAUGGUAUUGGAAGUGAAGGACAAAGUGGAGAAGACAGGGUUUCUGCAGGAAGUACGUUGGACGUUGGCGAAGACGACUGCGACACAGCAGCUGACAUCGGUGCCAAACUUGCAGAGAUGGUCCUCAGCGAGGUGGAGUCAGAGGAAACCGGAGCGGUUCGAACGUCAGAAGAGGAUAUGCAGAAUUCCGAGUCUAAAGCAAUAUCGGGAACCGACGAUGAAAGAACGUUAGAUACUAGUCAGAAAUCAUACUCGGCUGCAGAUGGAAACGACCCAAAUUCUUUGUCUUCGGACACGUCUAUGCCUUCACGUCAACGUGCCAAAGGUGCUGCUAGAUCAGAUAAUAGCGUAACUAGUGCUUUCAUUAAUGAACUAGACAAAUCGUCUGGAAAUAUAGACAGUGCAGUGACAGGAGACAAAGUGUCUAAUGCGAACAUCGGGCAAAACAAAGGAGACAUUGUAGAUGAUGAAGAAUUUGUCUUCACCUUUGACAAGCAGAUCUUAACCAGAGGGGAGGCCGUCCAGGUCAUCUGUACAAGUUGUUUGAAAGAGGGACAUGUUAGCAAGGAUUGUCCCGAUGAUGCUCUUCCUCCACUGAAGCCCCUUCCUCCCAUGGAUCCUAAAUUCCUGGAGUGUGUCACGAUAGUUUGUGAGGAAAUCUUGCUGAGGAACCAACCCUCUCGCCAAGAAAUGAGGGCAAGAGAUAAUUGCAUCGCGGAGUUGGAAUACUACAUCAGACAGAAUGCCCUCAGGGAUGCUCGACUCUCACUCUUUGGGUCCUCUGGCAAUGGCUUUGGCUUUCGGAAUAGCGACCUGGACAUUUGCCUCACGUUCCAAGAUAUGAAAACUGGACAGGACAUCGACGUCGGUUUUGUCAUUGAGAAACUGGCCGCCGCCUUGAAGAGGAACCACACCCUGUACAACAUCGUGCCCAUCCCGACAGCUAAGGUUCCCAUUGUCAAGUUCAUCCAUCGCCCCACCAGGCUGGAAGGGGACAUCAGCCUCUACAACACCCUGGCACAGUGCAACACUCGACUCCUCUGCAUGUACUCCCAGAUCGAUGAGAGGGUGCGGGUGCUGGGCUACUCCAUGAAGCUUCUGGCCAAGUAUUGUGAUAUUGGAGAUGCAUCUAGAGGGAGUUUAUCAUCCUAUGCCUACACGCUGCUCACCAUCUAUUUUCUUCAGCAAAGGAAACCUCCCAUCUUGCCGGUCUUACAAGAGCUGUACACCGGUGAUAAGCAACCAGUCCAUGAGGUAGACGGCUGGAAUGCCUGGUUCUUUGGUAAUCUAAACCAGUUGUCUCGAGUAUGGAAGGGGCAGUUCAAGAACAAGGAGAGCAUCGGCUCACUGUGGCUUGGCAUGCUGCGCUUCUACACCGAGGAGUUUGACUUCACCAAGUACGUGGUGAGCAUACGUCAGCACAAACCUCUGACAAGGUUUGAGAAGCUGUGGAUGACCCCGCAGAAGGGCGUGGCCAUCGAGGACCCCUUUGAUCUGGAGCAUAACUUGGGAGGGGCAGCCUCCAAGAAGAUGGCAAUAUACAUCAUCCAAGUGUUACGCAAUGCCAGGGAUCUGUUUGGCACCCCUCGUAGGGUUCCUAGGGAACAUAUAAUGAAUUAUUUCCUGAACCUUGAGGCUCUAAGCGGUGGGGAGCCGCCGCCCAACGACCGAGGCUGCCGUAUCUGCGGCAAGAUCGGUCACUUUGUGAAGGACUGCCCCAUUAAGAGGAGGGGGAUGGAGAGAAAGGAAAUGGAGAAGAGAGAUAGGGAGAGGAGAGACAGACCAUCCCCAAAUGAUACUGGCUCUCCUGCAAGAGGAGCAGUUAGAGAAAAUAAAUCAACCGACUCCCCAAAUAUGAGGGAAGAGAGGAACAGGUCAUCAGAAUCUAAACAGAGACCAGUCAGCACUCCAAACAAGGUUGAAUCACCAGCUGUCAGCAGCAACUCAUCCGUGAAGGAUAGUCCAGCCAGCAAUACUAAGGACGAAAGAGAACGGUCUAAACCCAACAAAACCACGGAGCGAUCGGUAGACGAUGUGGCCCGUCAGCUGUACCCCAUCAAACCUAUUCCUGUCAAGAAAGCGGAAGACAAGCAGGUCAAACAAGCCAAAGAACCUAAGCAAACAGCCCCCUCUACCAACGCCAAGACAGAAAAAGCUCCUGGAACAGAAAAGAAAUCCAAGGGUAGCAUGGAAUCUAACCCCUCGUCUACCCCUGGUAAUCCCUCAGACCCCAAUCCAGGGUAUGUCCGUUCUAAGAUGAGGAAGGAAAAACAGAUGGGUCCUAGGAGGGGGGCAGGGGAAGCAAGUAUGGUAACAGAGAGGGGCGGGGCUGAGGCUCAUGGUAGAGUAGGGGAACAGGGAGAAAAGAGCCCAGCGAAUGCAGGGCAUCCACGUAUGGGAGAUAAACAUGGACAAAAGAAGGAGGCUGUCCCUUCCAAGUUACCAAAUAAACAACAGACACAUGAAGCACAGCAUGAGCAGGAUGCGAGAAAUGCUCCCGGUCAUCGGCUGAUUCCGAAUACAACCGGCAUCCCGGAGGAUAGUUUAGUCAGGGAUAACCCAAGUGGCCCCGCCCCUAACCCAUUACCCCCCUCCCAGUUCCCCGGGGGUGUUUGUCCACCCCAGGUCCCACCCAUGGGACCUAUGGGGUUCCAGAACCACCCCCUGCAAGCCCUCAUGGGGUUCAACAACGUGCCUCCGGAAGAGAUGAUGGCAAUGAUCCAACAGCAACAGCAACAGCAACAGCAACAGGAUAAGUUAGCAGCCUUGUUUCAGGUCAUGGGCAAACAUUCGCCAAUGCAAGGACAGGCACCGACCCAGUCUCCUUUUAUGAGACCACCAACAACUCCAGCCAGUGCCCAAACACUUGAUGAGAUUGAACAGCAACUAAAGAGUAAACAGCAGCAACAGCAGCAACAGCAGCAGCAGCAACAGCAGCAGCAACAGCAACAGCAGCAGGCACCACGGUUGCCUCCAGGUGCCAAGUCCAUGGAACAGGUAGAACAACAGUUCAGACAAGACCAGUUUCUUCAAACCAAGGGUAUGUCACCAGGUAGUCAGGCUCAGCAUCACCGAUCUAGUCAACAACAAACACUUCCACAACAUCCUCAGCAGCAACCGAGUCCUCGGAAACAACUUAGUCCACAGCAGCUGUUCUCGCAGCAACAGCAGGGGUACUUGCCGCCGUCGCAGAAAGUGAUCGGAUGCCCCCCUGGAUUAGGGUACGCUAACCAAGACCAGGAGCAGGAGAAGGAAUCUCAACAGCAGCACCGCUCGGCCAAUCAGUCACAACCAAUACCUAUCGACCCCAGGCAAGCACAACAGCAACAGCAGCAGUGGCAGCAACAAUUGAAACACCCUGGUUGGGGAAGCCCCUCCGCCUUCUCACCGUCGUCUCCUUACAAUCGCAUCGCUUCUCCACCUUCCCAUCAGCAGCCAGGCUUUCAUCCUCAGAUGCAGCAGCAUCCUGCUGCCUCGCCGCCCCACAAUCUUCUCCAGUCCCCUCCAGGUGCCUCAACCCCACCAGCAAUGGCCCAAUAUUUUGGACACAGCCCCUUCGGUCCUUCUGUGUUGCCCGCAGGGUUCUUGUCCAGUCAGAGCCAGAACAUGGCAGUCAGUCCUCCGCAUCUCCACCACCAACAGCAGCAGCAGCAACAGCAAGCCCUCAUGUCCGGGUGGUCUCAGCAGCCUACUGCUGCAGAAGUGGCAUGGCACAAGCAACAAGAUCUGCAACAAGGGAGGCAACAACAACAGCAGCAAUAUGGUGAGCCACAGAUGGCCUCUGCAGGAAGUCCAAGGAGUCCUGCUGAAUCUGAUGGCUCCAUGUCCGGAGGCGUGAUGCCUUUGGAAGCACAGCUUCAGGUGCAGCAGGCAUUUGGUCAAUCACAAUCUGACAGACAGGAUAUUGCUCAGUCAUUCCAUUACAGUUCUCUCGGUCUGAACCCUAGUCUGCCACGCUCAAGCCACACCCCACAGCCCUCCCAUCACCAUCCCAACCACCAGCAACAUCUGCAACAACAUCAGCAGCACCCACAACAUGCCCAGCAACAUCAGCAACAGGCUCAACAACAUCAGCAACACCAUCAUCAACACCCACAGCAACACCAUGAUCCAGGAUGGCAACAGCAACAGCAUCAGCAGCAGCAGCAACAUUCUAACAUGCAGUUCACCACCACUGCGGCCGUGGGUGGCCCCAUCAUGAGUGUUGGCCAGGGGGAGCAGUCCGCAGAGUCAGUCAUGUCAAGCAGUGGAUUUCCACCCCACCAAACAAUGAGGUAAAAGAACCUGAUUACGGCAUGAUUUAGAGUUUAGUUUACUUGAAAUCAACUGGAGACUGGAUACUGAUGAUACAAUCACUUUGAAUAAUUGAUUACUUCCUUCUCAUAGCUUUGCUUCUUAUUGAAUAGUCUGAAAUCCGUAUAAGGGGGGAUCUCAAGCAAAAGCCUCUACUUCAUUUUAAAAAAGAACAAAAAGACAAACUAUGCUUCUGGAUCAUAGGAAAGGAGACAUCAGUUUUAAAAAAUGACAAAAGGCAAAAGAAAGCUCUGGAGAGUGUUUCAAGAGGCUCUUGAUCUUUGUGGCUGUUUGGGUUGGUGGUAUAAGCAAUAAGCUAGGUUAAAGACAAAAUUGUCAUGAUAUGAACAUCCUGUUGAGACAUAUAUAUUUUGCGAGAUCCUGACCAAACAAGGCAGUAGAGAAAAGGCGUUUAUUUUUGUAGUGUUUCAUCCCCAUUAUAGUUUGGUCAGUGAUGUGGAAGUUUCAAUGAAAUGAAAAUAUACUGUUGUGUUUAGCAAAGGUUCCCCUUAUAGGAAACUUCCUUGUGUAACACAUAUAUUAAAUAGUUUAUUGAAAUCAUGAUAUACUCUCUCUUCCUGUCUGCCCCAUGGAGAGAGAUCGAGAUACAGAGGUAAGGACAAAUAGAAAUGCAAAGAGGGUGAGUGAAAGAUAGAGAGAGAGAGAGAGAGAGGGUGAGAGAAAAAGGCAGAAGGAAAGGUAGAGAUGUAGAAUCGGGGAGAGAGACUGUUUUCAUAGAAAAGAAGCAAGCCCGUUAUAGUUUUGAGCCCUUGUUUACAGCUUUAGAAAAAAGCAUGCACCUUUAAAAGAGACACUGCCUGAAUGGGAAUUCCCAUUUGUACUGUAAAACAAAACAAAACAAAAGAAAACUGAAUAAUUGUAAAUCUCUGAACGCACUUCAUAUACAAAAAAAUGAAUUGGUUAUUGGCAGUGAAAGAGAGAGACAGAGAGACAGAGACAUAGAGAGAGAGAGAAAGGAAGAAAGAUAGAGAGAGACAGAGAGACAGGGAGAGAGAGAGAGAAAGGAAGGAAGAUAUAGACUGAGGAACAGACAGGCAGAGAUACAGUAGCUUUAAACACAACGUUUGAAGAACCAAGCACAUGACAGUUUUAAGCCUUUUUUUUCACAGCUUCAAAGGAAAACAUAUACUUACAUAUAUUACAUGGCACCUGGAUGCAAAAUCCCUUGUGCACUGUUGAGAGAAAAAAAUGUUACAAUGCCAUUAGCAAGUCACAUGUAAUGGACAAUUACUCUGCCUGUGGAUACAUACGAACAACAAAAGCCUUCCGAAUGACAAUACCCAAUUGUAAACCUGGAGGGACUUCCAAGAGAAAAGCUCAGGAAGUUGUGUCUGAGAAGGUUAUUAUCAUGACACUUGAAAAGGAAACAGGUAAUAGGUCUCAGAAUUGGCAGAGUGGACAAAGGGCUGUAUCUUGAUAGCUUCUGGGGUAAUGUUUAAAAAGAUUAAGGAUAAAAGUGUUCUUGGAAUUGAAUGGUGCCAUGAUUGAACAUUUCCGUAGAAAUCCUUUGCAAACUUCUACCGGCACAAUGCACUCGAGAAAUAUAUUGAGGUGGGGAAAAUGCAAACAAAAUGAUUUUAAAAAGCUAUAUACUGCACAUAUAUACAUUUAUUUUCCUCUUCAACGGAAUGCAUUUGUCUUGCUUUGGUGUGCUAGAAUCUCAGAAGAAUAGUGUAGUUUUAAUCAAAUCUGCAUUAAAAAAAUAUAUACCUUACAUCUUGUUUUCACGAGUAGUUCUCUUCAAAAGCCACCUCAAUAUGGCCUUGAGUCUUUAGGAAUGAGUAAAAGUAAAUUCACAAAAUCAGCAGAAUUUAGAUUCAUUACAUUAAUUUCAAAUGCAUGACCCUGGACAUUUGAUGAAUGAAUUUGAUACAAUAAUUUAUAAUGGCUGAGUAAUGAGCGUAGUAAAGAAGAAGACUGGCCAUACAAUAGGCCAUUUUUCGUAAUGUAACCAAAUUUAUACUUAAGCGCCUCUAUACAAGUGAUUUCAUUCAUCCAUUACAAAUAACUGUAUUUUUAUAGUCAGAACGCAAAUUGCAUAUAUUACAUGUUGUAAGGUAAGGCAAGCAAUAAUGUUUGUCCAACCUAGCAACAACUUGUGUCUGCAAUUUUAAUUCUGGGUAUUGAGAUACAUUUAUACAUUACAGUUGAAUGAAAUAGUUUGUACUUUGUAGGCGCUUCACCAAGGGCAUAUUGCGUAAAUUUGGUUGCAUUGACUGUGUAGUCUCACAUGUGCAUACCCGGUUUGUAGCCUCUGUGUUGUGUGAUUCUCAGUGAGUUUUCAUAAUCUGUUUACCUUUUACCGGCCGUGACUGCCGUUGACAACGUAGCUCAUACAGCGUUCUCGUGGGCAGCCAACAAAAUAUUCUUUUAACCAUGUUUUUCUCUUCCGUGGAAAAGAAAAUGAGAAGAAGAUAGAUGUGGUUCGAAGAGAUAGAUUUGUGGUUCGAAGAGAUUUGAAUCUUUGCAGUGAGUAUAGAAAACUAGAAGAUGUGGUGUAGUUCGCUUUAGAAGCAGAAAGUUGUAAAAUCGUUGUAAGUUGUGUGUGGAGUUGAAUCCCUCUGAUCCUCCCCUGAUAUUUGGAUGGGAACUAUGACAAGAAAUGAUGCAUUUGAUGGGCUUUUUUAUUUUUAAUUUAAAGAGAGGUGUAACUACAAAGCGAUGGUGCAAAUCAAGAGGUGUUUAUAAGUAAUUUUGAUUUUGUUUUUUUAAAUGUCCUCAAUUUUUUCUCCAAGAAGUCACACUUAACAAUGUAAAAGUUGUUGCCACCUUCCUUUUAUUGCGCAACUGAACACAAUGCUGUAUGUGGAUGUGCAACAAUGUGCUUGUCACAGGAUCAGUUGUUUUAAAAUGUGGCUUUUACUGUACCUCACUUUUUAUUUCUUUUUACAAUACAAUCAAUAUUCAGUCUUUACAAGGUAUUAAUCUUCAAUAUUUCUCAUUUAAUGGUACAUGUAUUGGCUAUCCCUCACACACGUGAAUAUUACAACCAAUGUACAUUUGCAAAAUCAAGGGAUUAUUCGGUAGUGAAAUAACUGAGUCUUAUUCAAUUUCUUCUUGAAGUGUCUAUGCUUGGAAGUCUUGAUCACAUACGCCAUAAGUCAUGGCAUUUUUGUGUGGAUACUUUAUAAUUAAUGGCAAGUAGGGAUGAAAAUGGUAUAUGGACGCAGCAAAGGUCCUACAUGCACUUACUAAUCUGCAUGUAAUAAGAUACGACAAUGAAUACAUGCAAUUGCCAUUCAUGUAAUCAAUUUACCACAAAUCAACCAUGUGAUUUUCAUCUAUUUCAUACAAACGUUAUCAAGUUAAUAUUAUCAUUUCAUAUUGUUUUCUCAGACUUUCACUUUGUAGAUAGAUAUACACAUACCUGGAUAUUUCCGACACAAUACAUAUCUACCCUCAGGCCUCAGCAGUUUUAAUGAAAUUUACAUGUUUGACCCACAGUGCUUUUAAACUAAGGUCAUUUAUUUUACCACAACUGUUUUUAUUUUGUUUUUAUGUUUCAUACUUCUUCUCAAAACUUGCCUCUUCUGUUUUAUUCAGUUUUAAUGUACAGCCAUGAAUAAAUGUUGAGGUGGUGGUGUCGGGGUAUUAGGGGUGUUGAUUGUAUAGUUUAGAGGAGAAAUAUUUAGAAACAAAAUUAUUUGAUGAAUUUGGAACAUACACAGAAAGCAUGGUAAUGGGACAUCGCAUGUUUUAAAAUAUAUUUGAAUUGUUCAGAAUGUAUCAAUUAGCCACAAAUAGAAUGUGCAGCUAUAGCGAAAGAGAAUAUUAUUUGUCAUUAUGUGCUUAGCAGAUUUGAAGAUAUUUGCAAGGGUUUUUAAAAUGAAAUGAUACACUGUAUCAAAGUGAGAUUUAAGCUGUAUAUUAUUAGUUAUUCUAGCAAUGUGAUUUUUGUACAUGUUAUUUGGUAUCAUAGAGCAAGUAACUGCUGUGAUGCAAAGCUCUUUAGUGAAAAUGAUUGCAAUCUUGAUUUUUAUCUCCUCUAUUCCAUUCUUAAAAUGACAUUAUUUCUACAGUAGGAUUGGCAGUGAAUGCUGAAAACAAAUAUUAAUUUGCUCAUGUUCCACAGAUAUGAAUCUAGACCCUUUCUGUGUUGGAUAUGACAGAGAAUAAAUAAUAAAAUAAACGCAAGUACAUCGGACUUCCAAA